AUGUAUAGAAAUUAUGAUCCAACUGCUUCGCCAGCCCUGUCACAUCAAUCAUAGGAUGAUUAUGAAAUAAAAAUCAAAUAACUAUUGAGAGCUAACGAUAAACUCAAUGCUGUUGUUAGAGAAACACUUGCUGAGAAUGAAUAGCUUAAGGGAAAUAUUGAUGUGCUCUAUAAAGAAAACAAGGAUCUGAAUAGACUUAAUAUUGAACUUUGCGAUUAACUUGAAAGAAUUAAAAGAAAUACAAGAUAGCAUUCGACGCAUGAUAAGACCAUAAUUGAUUAUGAAUAAGAAAUCACAUAACUCAAACUAUUGCUGCAAGAAAAACAAAAAGAGGUUAAUUCUUUUAAAAUAAGAUAUAAUGAAGACUUAUAAAUAAAGCUAGAUAUCGUGGAUAAAAGCGGAAAUUCUAAUAAAUUGAAGUAAUUGGAAGAGUAAAACUAACAGUUGAUUUAAGAAUUAGAUUUGAUAACCAAAAGACUCUUAGACAGAGAUAAUGCUUAAGGGACUGUUGAUUAUGAAGAACUAUUGCGAGAAAGAGAUUAAGAGAUUGAAAUACUUACACAAUAAAUUAUUCAAAUUUCAAAUAAUAAAUAAGUAAAGCAGUUCGAUCCAAGCAGUGAUAAAAGGUAAAUAACUGAAACUGAGGAGUACUAUGGUUAAAUAAUAAAAGAGCUUUAAGAGAAAAUUGAAUAAUUAAGAAUAAUAAUUAUCGAGAAAGAUGAUCAUUUGAACCAAGGUUAAAAUCAAAGUGUACUAAUUGAGAUGGAAACUUUGUAGGUUUAAUUGAUAUAAUACAAAAUUGAAAUUGAAGGAUAUAAAACUAGAAUGUAAUAUAUUCAAAAUGAAUUGUCUGAGAAGGACCAUUUAAUUGAAGACUUACAGAAUAUUAUAAAGGAUUUAACCAAAAAAAUUUAAAAUAGAUAAUCAAAUGAUAUUUAGAAUCCAAUUUCCCCAAAAAAUCCUAAUAAAAGUCCAAGUAACUCUUUUAACUAAAAUUCAAAUAAUCCUAAUAAGAAUUAAAGAAAUCCUGGAGAUGCAACCAAAAACGCUGCUGAUGUUUUCUAACAGGAAGAAGAUAAUUAUGAUUAAAAAGAUCCUAAUGAGGAGAAAAAGAAGAAGAAGCAUGGUUUGGAAGGAGCUAAAAAAAAAGAGGAUGAAGACUCCAUAAAAGAUUAUCAAAAGAUUAUUGCAAAUUUAAAAGCUGAAAAUUAAAGACUAUAAUAAGAAUUGAAUUAGGCAAUUUUUAAAAUAAAUCAAUAAGAAGCUCUAAUAAAUGAAAAAGAUAACUAGUUAAGUCUUCUGGAAUUAAGAGAAAAAGAAAUUAGAUAAUUAAAAGACUAAUUGAACAAAUAAUACAAAUUAGAAUAGGAGAAUAAAUAAUUAGAAAAAAAACUUGGAGAAAUGGAAUAAAAAAUUUAGGAUUUGAUGCUUGAGAUUGAAAACUAUGAUUAGGAUAAUAAAUUGAACGAAAAAAAAUAAUCAAAGAAAGAAGCUGAUUAUCAGAAGGCACUGUAAAAGUAAAAGGAUGAAUUAUUGGCCAAUUAAAAGAAGAUUGAACAAAUCAAUAAAUAAAUGCAGGAUGAAAUUAAUUUCUUUGAAGAUUAAAUGAAGGAUCUGCAAGAUUCUCUUAGAGUAAAAGAUUAAGAAGUAAAGAAACUUCAAGAGUAAAUGAAGGAAUUAAACAAAACCUUAGAGAAGAGCAAUAUUUAAAGUGAUCAAAUUGAAAAAUUACAUUAAGAAGCUCAUUCUCAAACAUAACUAUUAGAAGAACUUGAAUAAAAAAUCUAAUAACAAGAGUAUGAAAUUAAGACUAAAGAGUAAGAAAUUAAGAGAUUAAAAGAAAAGAAUAGGGAUUUGUAAUUGUACUAAUUAAAAUUAAAAGAUUAUGAAGAGAAUAUCAAUUCAUUAAAAGAGGAAAUUGAAAGACUUAAUUCUAUUGACAAGUAAUAGUAAGAGAAUAUUUAUAAACUAGAGUAGAGUCAUAAAACUAAAGAGUAUUAGUUAUCUAAAUACUCAGAAUAAACAAAAGAAAUGACAAAUAAAGUUAAGGAAUUAAAUGAAGAAAAAACAAGUGAAAUUAGAAAAUUCAUAAUUCAAAAUGAAGAAUUAUAGGAGUAGGUUAGAAUCUUCGAAAUUGAGGUGAAAAAAUUAUAGAGCAAUAUCUAAGGAAAUUAGAGAACUCCUGAAAGAACAACUAAGUUAUAAUAAGAGUUAGAUGAUUUAUAUGAUAAAUUAAAUUAAUAAAUUGGAGAAAAUGCAGAUCUUAAAAUUUAAAUUCAAAACCUUUCAACUUAAAUCAAGUUAAAAGAACAAGAAAUUAAGAAAUUAUUAGAAAUAUAACUAGAAAUUCAAUAAAAUUCAAAUAAAGAGAAUGAUUUAACGAAGGAGAUUUAAGAACUACAUCAAUAAAUCAAUAAAUAUGAAUAAAGCAUCAAAUAACUUUAAGAUUAGAUUAACAAAUUAGAAAACCUAAUUAAAUACAAAGAUUAAUAAUUAAAAAAACAUGAGCUUCAAUAAGAUAGUUGGAAGGAUAAUCUUAGCAAAUUAGAAAAUCAGAUUGAAGAAUUAGAAACACAAUAGUUAAGAGAAUUAAAAUAGUAAGAUAAAUAAAAUAAAGAGACUAUAAAAAAAUUAGAAAAUUAAUUAAAAUCAAAGGAACAUGAGAUUAAGAAGUUGUAGGAUGAAAUUAAGUUAUAAUAAGAGAAGAUUUAGAGUUUAGAAUAAAUGAUAGAAUAAAUUAAUGAUCAAUUCCAUACUUCAUAAUAAUAAUUAAAUGAAGUAUAAUUGAAAUUUUAACUUACAAUAAGAGAGAAAGAUUUUGAAAUAAAUAAAUUGAAAUAAAAGUUGGGAAGCUAGAAAUCACCUGAAAUUUAAUCAGAAAUUGAUUCAUUACAUCAAUAGAUAAUAGAGAAGGAGACCGAAAUAAUAAAAGUUAGAGAAGAUACUUCAGAAUUAUCUUAAAAAAUAAGAAAUUAUGAGUUAGAUUUCAAAAAAUUCUAAGAAACUAUUAAAGAAUAUUAAAAAAAAUUGGAGAGAACCACUUAACUCGAAAUCCUAAUAAGUGAACUCAAAAUUAAAGAUGAAACCAAUUAAGUUAAAAUUGAUGAUUAAAAUUCAACCAUCAAUAAUUAAGAUGCUAUUAUAUAAUCUAAAGAUUAAACAAUCAAAAAAUUACAAGAGCAACAACGAGAAUUUACUAAAAAGGGAGAUUAAUUAAUAAAUGUAUAAAAGAAAUUGAUCGAAACUGAGUAAUAGUUGCACGAAGCUUUACAAAAUGCAAGUAUAAGCUAGGAUAAAAUUAAUACUUUAGAGCAAUAACUUGCUUUGAAGGAUUUAGAAUUGAAAAAAUUGAAGGAUUAAAUAAAAGAAAUUUAGAGGGAAGUUGAAAGGCUUUAAUCUAAAUUAUAUGAAAAGGAAUAAUUAUAAUAAAAAACUAUAGAACAAUAAAAUAAAAUUGAAGAAUUGGAAAAUUAAAUUGAAAAACUAAAACAAGAAAAUAAAAAAAAGUCUUAAGAAAAUUAGGUUCUGGAGGAUAAAGUAUAAUAAUUGAAAAAGUUAGAAGAAAAAUAUAAGAAAUAAUAAAAUCUAAUUGAAGAACAUAAAUAAACUUUAGAGUCACUUGAAAGAAAAAUAAAGUCAUUAGAAGAAUAAAUUUAAAUAAAUGAAGAUGAAAAAUAUAGUUUAGAAAGAGAAGUUGAUUUGUUAAAGAAGAAGUUAGAAGAUGAGAGGAAGUAAUUUGAAAACAAAAUAAAUUAAUAAGCAAGAGCUAAGGAUGACAUUAUUGCUAAAUUAAAAGAGAAAAUUGCUGAGUUAGAAAAACUGGAAGCUUAACAUUUUGAAUUUACUUAAGAAGUUGAAGAUUUGAAAGAAGAGAAAAAGUCAAGGAAGAAUAUUGAAUCGAAACUCUAAUCAGAUAACAGUAUUUAUCAAAAAUAGAUAAAAUAACUUGAGUAACAGAUAAAAUCAUUAUAAGAAAAGUUAAAAUCAGAGGAAGAAUCUAAUAAAAUAUUACAUAAUGAAAUUGAAUAAAUCAAUGUAAAUAUCAAAGUUAAAGAUGAACUUAUUUACAAAUUAUAACAAUAGGUUAAGAAAUUAGAGAUUUCGAUUAAAGAAAAAAAAGAGUAAAUCAAAUAAUUUAAAUAAGAUAUUUCAGAAAGAUCAAGUUAGAUAUCUUAGAUAGAUUUGAUCGAUAGAGAAAAAGAGGAAUUGAAUGAUCAAAUUCGAUUAAAAGAAAAAUCUGAAGAGUCUCUAAAACAAACAAUCAGUACACUUUAAUCAUAAAUAUCUAAGUUAACAAAAUAAGUUUAGUAAUUAAUAUAAGAUAAGAUGGAAUUAUAACAGUAAAUAGAUAGAUUGAUUGACAUUGAGAAUUCAAUUAAAUUAAAAGAGAUUGAGAUUCUAAGAUUGGUUUAAAUUGAGAAUGAUUAUCAACGAUAGAAAGAAAAAGUGAAAACUUUGGAUAAGACAAUUACUGAUCAAACUCAAAAAAUAAAAAUCUAUUAGGAGUACGAAAAGUAGACUAAAGAGUCAAUAAAAAAUUAUGAAUAAGAGCUAGAUGAAAAAUAAGAAACUAUUCAACAUUUAGAAUAAGAAAUAAUAAAAUUAAAGUAACAAAUAGAUGAUUAUCAAAGAUAAAUUACUAAAAUUUCUAAGGAGAAAGAAACUGUUAAUUAGAAAGUUAAGUCAUCAGAGACAAAUUAGUAAAAGAAAAUAGAUCAAUUGGAAGAAUAGAAACAAGAAUUGCUUAAUGAUUUGCAAACAUUAAAUAUUAGAGUAGAAGAUUUAUAAAGUUAACUUAAGGAACUUUAAGAGAGACGUGAUCAAUUUUAGAAAAUAGAUAAAGAAAAGGAAGAUAUCAAAAGAACAAGUGAUACAAGUGAAAGGAAAUAUAAGGAAUCAAUAAAAGAAUUAGAAAAAGAAAUUUAAAGACUUAAAGCAGAAAUGAUUAAAAAAGAGCAUAAUAAUUCCAAGGAGAUUGAAUAGCAAAUAGAUAAAGCAUAAAAGUUGAAGCAAUAAAACACUUAAUUGGAAUAAACCAUUAAGAAUUUAUAAAAUAAUGAAAAGAAGUUAAAACUACUUGAAGAAUAAUGCAAUUAGAUUAGUGAGAGAUCUCAAGAGAAAUUAAAUAAAAAAGAUUAGAUCAUAGAUGAUUUAAAUAAAUAAAUUAAAAAUUUGAAUGAGUAAAUAAAUAAACUGAAUUAAAAAUUAAAAUCUGUUAAUAAAGAUGAAGAAGAUGACAUAGCAGAUUUUGGAGAGGAUGCUGAUGUGGAUGAUAAUAAUAAAACGAAAAAGAAAUACGAAAAGGAAUCCAAGAAGGACAAAAAUGAAUAGAAAACAAAUAGAUAAUUGGAAAAAGAUAUUGAAAAAUUAACAUAAGACAAUAUUAAUAAAACUUAAUAAAUCAAAUAGCUGGAGGAAUAGCUUAAGAAAAACUAAGAACUUAUUUAGAAGGAAACAAUUGAGAAAUAGUAAAAGACAUAAAAAGAAAAAGAUGAGAAUUAGACAAUUAAAAAAUAAGAGACAGAAAUUAAGAAAAAGGAUGAACAAAUUAAAAAGUUAUAAGAAGAAAUCUAAAAAACAGAAAAAAAUAGUAAAGAGAAAGAUAAUUUAGAAUAAAUAAAGGUACUGAAAUAAGAAAUAGACCAAAAGACUUAAUAAAUUACAAAGUUAUAGGAAUAGAUUCAAAAACUACAAAAGGAUAUCAGUGCAUCAAAAUAAAAAGAUGAAAAAAAUAAUAAGUCUGAGCAAGAACUUAAAAAGAAAGAAGAGGAAAUAUCAAAACUGAAAGAAAAAAUAGAAAAAGAUUCAAAGGAAACAAAUGAGAAAAAGUAAAAUGAAAAGAACCAAAAUGAAUUAAUAAAGAAAUAACAAGAAGAAAUCAAAAAAAAAGAAGAAGAAAAUAAAAAAUUUAAGGAUUAAACAAAUGAAAACAAUAAAUUAAAAGAUUAAGUAUCUAAAUUAGAAAAAGAGAAAUCUACAACAGAUGAAAAAAUAAAAAAAUAAGAAGAUAAGAUAAAAGAACUUUAAAAAUAAAUUGAUGAUUAAAAACAAAAGACCCCAACCAAUAAUAGAGAUGAUCCUAAUGAUAAAUAAGGUUAAUCAGAUAAAAAACCAGGUCCGUACUAAAAUGAUACGAAAUAUAAGGAAUUAGUAAUUAAAUUAGAAAAACAAAUAGAUGAACUAAAAAUUCAUAUUAUUUAUCUGGAAAGCUUACUAAAGUAACAUGGCUAUGAUCCAAAUAAAUUAAAACCUGGAAAAACCAAUAAUGAUUCAAAAAAUUAGACACCUAAAAAAGAUGAUGAUAAGGACGAUUAUCCUGAAUUGUAAUAAGUCAACGUUAUUAAUAUUAGAAGAUUAAUGGCUGAAUAUAAAUAUGAGAAAGAUAGAUAUGAAAAUAAAGUUGUUUAAUAUACUGAUGAGUUAAUUAAGUAAAAUAAUUUAGAAAAGGACGCUGAAGAAAAAAUUAAAUGUCUUGAAGAUGAUUAAUUUGUAUACAACGAUCCUGAUGACUAAGACCCUAAAGUAUAUGUUAUCAAAAAAGAAGGAGAAUCGAAUAAAAAAGUCAAAUGA